AUGAUGGACGUGACGCAGUUGGUUGUGCAUCCGGGAGGCGGCAGGAUUGUUGACGUGCCCGCCGUCUGGCCAGGAGUCGUUCGGGUUGUAGCGCUAAAGGGGGGAGGCGUCGUAACGAUGACAGACGUCACGCAGUUGACCGUACAUCCAGGAGGUGGUAGGAUGGUCGACGUGCCGGCCGUCGGACCCAGCGUCGUCGAUGUCGUUGCGCUGAAGACGGGAGGCGUCGUGACGAUAAUGGACGUCACGCAGUUGACCGUACAUCCGGGGGGCGGUAGGAUUGUCGAUGUACCGGCAGUUGGACCUAGCGUUGUCGACGUUGUCGCGCUGCGGGGAGCAGCUGUUGUAACGAUGACGGACGUUAUGCAGUUGACCGUGCAUCCAGGAGGCGGUAGGAUGGUCGAUGUACCGGCCGUCGGACCUAGCGUCGUCGUCGUUGUUGCUCCUGCAGUUGGGGGCGUCGUAACGAUGAUGGACGUCACGCAGUUGACCGUGCAUCCGGGAGGUGGUAGGAUUGUCGACGUGCCGGCCGUCGGACCCGGUAUCGUCGAUGUCGUUGCACUAAAGACAGGAGGCGUCGUAACGAUAAUGGACGUUACGCAGUUGACCGUGCAUCCAGGAGGCGGUAGGAUCGUCGACGUACCGGCCGUUGGACCCAGCGUAGUGGACGUAGUGGCACUGAAGCCGGGAGGCGUUGUAACAAUAAUGGUUGUUAUACAGUUAGUCGUACAUCCAGGAGGUGGCAGGAUCGUCGAUGUACCAGCCGUCGGUCCUAGUGUUGUUGAUGUCGUUGCGCUCAAGGUAGGAGGCAUGGUUACGAUAAUAGACGUCACACAGUUGGUUGUGCACCCGGGAGGCGGCAGUAUCGUCGACGUACCGGCUGUUGGACCUACUGUUGUUGUCGUCGUCGCGCUCAAGGUAGGAGGCGUUGUGACGAUAAUGGACGUUAUGCAGUUGACCGUACAUCCAGGGGGCGGUAGAAUGGUCGACGUACCGGCCGUGGGACCAAGCGUCGUUGUUGUUGUUGCCCCGGCAGUAGCAGUUGCGGUAACAAUAACUGUCGUUACGCAGUUGGCCGUACAUCCAGGAGGUGGCGGGAUUGUCGACGUGCCUUCUGUUGGGCCUACUGUUGUUGUCGUUACCGCACCGGCAGUUAUCGUCACUAUAAUGCUCGUCACGCAGCUCGUCGUGCAUCCAGGGGGUGGCGGGAUCACCGAUGUGCCAGCCGUCGGACCUAUCGUCGUCGUCGUCGUAGCGCUCAACGUAGGAGGCGUUGUUACGACGAUGGUCGUAACGCAGUUGGUCGUGCAUCCAGGAGGCGGCAAGAUCGUCGACGUACCGGCCGUCGGACCUAGCGUCGUCGAUGUCGUUGCGCUCAAGGUAGGGGGCGUCGUGACGAUAAUGGACGUUACGCAGUUCGUCGUGCACCCGGGCGGCGGCAGGAUUGUGGAUGUACCGGCCGUCGGACCUAGCGUUGUCGUUGUUGUUGCCCCUGCAGUUGCCGUUGCAGUGACAAUUACUGUUGUUACGCAGUUGGCCGUGCAUCCAGGAGGUGGUGGAAUCGUCGAUGUGCCUUCCGUCGGGCCUACUGUCGUUGUCGUCACGGCACCGGCAGUUACCGUAACGAUAAUGCUCGUUACACAGUUGGUCGUGCAUCCAGGGGGCGGCGGGAUCGUCGACGUACCGGCAGUUGGACCUACUGUUGUCGAUGUUGUCGCGCUCAAGCUAGGAGGCGUUGUAACAAUGAUGGACGUGAUGCAGUUGGUCGUGCAUCCUGGAGGCGGUAGGAUCGUCGACGUACCAGCUGUUGGACCUACAGUCGUCGUCGUCGUCGCUCCGACAGGAGCCGUAACGAUAACGGUUGUGAAACAGUUUGUCGUGCAUCCGGGAGGUGGCGGGAUUGUCGAUGUGCCUGCCGUUGGUCCUGUAGUUGUGAUUGUCGUUCCUCCUGGUGUUGCCGUGACAAUGAUGGUUGUGAUGCAGUUUGUUGUGCACCCAGGAGGCGGAGGAAUCGUUGACGUCCCAGGUAUUGGCCCUGUUGUCGUCGUCGUCGUUUCCCCAACACCUGCAGUGACAAUAAUUGUGGUGAAGCAAUUCGUUGUGCAACCAAGGGGCGGUGGGAUGGUAGAUGUACCCGCCGUCGGGCCGGUGGUUGUAAUUGUUGUUCCUCCAACUGUAGCUGUAACUAUGACUGUCGUUACGCAGUUUGUCGUGCACCCAGGAGGUGGUGGAAUCGUCGACGUGCCUGGUAUCGAUCCUGUCGUCGUUGUGGUUGUAGCUCCCACAGCAGCGGUAACGAUAAUAGUAGUAAAGCAGUUCGUUGUGCAACCAGGAGGCGGCGUAAUCGUCGACGUUCCUGCUGUCGGACCGGUAGUUGUUAUCGUUGUUCCCCCUGGAGUUCCAGUAAUAAUGAUUGUAGUGAUGCAGUUGGUUGUGCAUCCAGGCGGUGGCGGAAUCGUUGAUGUACCAGGUAUUGGCCCCGUCGUUGUAGUCGUCGUGGCGCCGACACCGGCAGUGACAAUGAUGGUGGUAAAGCAGUUCGUUGUGCAACCAAGAGGUGGCGUAAUAGUAGAUGUACCUGCUGUCGGACCAGUAGUUGUUAUCGUAGUCCCUCCCACUGUAUUUGUAACAAUAACUGUUGUAAAACAGUUUGUCGUGCACCCAGGAGGUGGUGGGAUUGUUGAUGUGCCUGCUGUCGGGCCCGUAGUUACUAUUGUCGUGCCUCCUGGUGUUCCUGUAACAAUAAUAGUUGUGAUGCAGUUUGUUGUGCAUCCAGGGGGCGGUGGAAUCGUUGACGUGCCUGGUAUUGGCCCCGUUGUUGUAGUCGUCGUGGCGCUGACUGCGGCAGUAACAAUGAUGGUAGUAAAGCAAUUUGUUGUGCAACCAAGAGGUGGCGUGAUAGUAGAUGUGCCAGCUGUUGGACCUGUAGUUGUAACCGUAGUUCCUCCCACUGUAUUUGUAAUAAUGACUGUUGUGAAACAGUUUGUUGUGCAUCCUGGAGGCGGCGGGAUCGUUGACGUUCCUGCUGUUGGGCCUGUAGUCGUUAUCGUCGUUCCUCCUGGUGUUGCCGUAACAAUAAUGGUUGUGAUGCAGUUUGUUGUGCACCCAGGUGGUGGAGGAAUCGUUGACGUGCCAGGUAUUGGUCCUGUUGUUGUCGUUGUUGUUUCCCCGACACCUGCAGUAACAAUGAUAGUAGUAAAGCAGUUCGUUGUGCAACCAAGAGGUGGCGUGAUGGUAGAUGUACCCGCCGUCGGACCGGUGGUUGUAAUUGUAGUUCCUCCUACUGUAUUUGUAACAAUGACUGUUGUGAAACAGUUUGUCGUGCACCCAGGUGGCGGUGGGAUCGUUGAUGUGCCCGCCGUCGGGCCCGUAGUUACUAUCGUCGUGCCCCCUGGCGUUCCUGUAACAAUAAUAGUUGUAAUGCAAUUUGUUGUGCAUCCGGGCGGCGGUGGAAUCGUCGACGUGCCAGGUAUUGGUCCCGUCGUUGUAGUCGUCGUGGCGCCGACACCUGCAGUAACAAUAAUAGUAGUGAAGCAAUUCGUUGUGCAACCAAGAGGUGGUGUGAUGGUAGAUGUACCUGCUGUCGGACCAGUGGUUGUUAUCGUAGUCCCUCCCACCGUAUUUGUAACAAUAACUGUUGUAAAACAGUUUGUCGUGCAACCCGGAGGCGGUGGAAUUGUUGAUGUGCCUUCCGUCGGUCCUGUAGUUACUAUAGUUGUGCCCCCUGGAGUUCCUGUAACAAUAAUGGUUGUGAUGCAGUUUGUCGUGCAUCCAGGAGGUGGUGCAAUUGUUGAUGUGCCAGGUAUCGGUCCCGUUGUCGUUGUCGUUGUUGCUCCAACAGCAGCAGUAACAAUGAUUGUUGUGAAGCAAUUAGUUGUGCAACCAGGAGGCGGCUGGAUCGUCGAUGUGCCUGCCGUUGGGCCGGUAGUUACUAUUGUAGUCCCUCCCGCCGUUGCCGUUACUACUAUUGUUGUAAUGCAGUUGGUUGUGCAACCAAGGGGCGGAGGGAUCGUCGAUGUACCAGCUGUCGGUCCCAACGUAGUAGUUGUCGUUGCCCCUACAGCUGCCGUAACGAUAAUGGUGGUAAAGCAGUUGGUUGUGCAUCCAGGAGGUGGCUGGAUCGUCGAUGUGCCCGCCGUUGGACCGGUUGUUGUUAUUGUAGUUCCUCCAGCUGUGGCUGUAACGAUGACUGUAGUGAAGCAGUUUGUUGUGCAUCCUGGUGGCGGUGGGAUUGUUGACGUGCCUUCUAUCGGACCAGUAGUUGUGAUUGUCGUUCCUCCCGGCGUUCCCGUGACAAUGACAGUCGUGAUGCAGUUGGUUGUACAUCCAGGAGGUGGUAGAAUUGUUGACGUACCAGGUAUCGGUCCCGUCGUCGUCGUCGUCGUUGCCCCGACGGCAGCAGUAACGAUGAUUGUAGUAAAGCAGUUGGUUGUGCAACCAGGCGGUGGUUGGAUUGUCGAGGUGCCUGCCGUCGGACCAGUAGUUGUUACCGUAGUCCCUCCCACUGUGUUUGUAACAAUGACUGUUGUAAAACAGUUUGUUGUGCACCCCGGAAGCGGUGGGAUUGUUGAUGUGCCUGCUGUUGGGCCUGUAGUUACUAUCGUCGUGUCUCCUGGCGUUCCCGUAACAAUGAUAGUCGUGAUGCAGUUGGUUGUGCAUCCAGGAGGUGGCGGAAUUGUUGAUGUACCAGGUAUCGGUCCCGUCGUCGUCGUCGUCGUUGCCCCGACGGCGGCAGUAACAAUAAUUGUAGUAAAGCAGUUGGUUGUGCAACCAGGCGGCGGUGUAAUUGUCGACGUGCCCGCUGUUGGGCCAGUGGUUACUAUCGUCGUUCCUCCUGCCGUUGCCGUAACCACUAUGGUUGUGAUGCAGUUUGUGGUGCAACCUGGUGGUGGCGGGAUCGUUGAUGUGCCUGGACUUGGUCCCAACGUUGUUGUUGUCGUUGCACCUACACCUGCGGUGACAAUGAUUGUCGUGAAACAGUUGGUUGUGCAACCAGGCGGUGGUUGGAUCGUCGAUGUGCCCGCCGUCGGACCAGUAGUGGUAAUAGUAGUUCCUCCAGCAGUUGCGGUGACAACUAUCGUGGUGAUGCAGUUGGUCGUGCAUCCAGGAGGUGGUGGGAUUGUUGACGUGCCAGCCGUUGGCCCUAAAGUCGUCGUUGUUGUCUCUCCCACACCGGCGGUGACAAUGAUGGUUGUAAAACAGUUGGUUGUACACCCUGGUGGAGGUUGGAUUGUCGAUGUUCCUGCUGUUGGACCAGUUGUCGUAAUUGUAGUCCCUCCGACUGUUCCCGUCACAAUUACUGUUGUGAAACAGUUCGUCGUACAGCCCGGAGGUGGCUGGAUCGUUGAUGUGCCGGCAGUUGGACCGGUUGUUGUUAUUGUUGUGCCUCCAACAGUUGCUGUAACGAUAAUGGUUGUAAAGCAGUUCGUUGUGCACCCAGCAGGUGGUGGGAUAGUUGACGUGCCUGCCGUUGGGCCAGUAGUGACAAUUGUAGUUCCUCCCGCAGUUGCCGUCACCACUAUGGUUGUAAUACAGUUGGUGGUGCAUCCAGGUGGUGGCGGGAUCGUUGACGUUCCAGGAGUUGGCCCCAAUGUCGUUGUCGUUGUUUCUCCCACAGCGGCGGUAACAAUAAUUGUAGUAAAACAGUUGGUUGUGCAUCCAGGAGGUGGUUGUAUUGUCGAUGUGCCUGCCGUCGGACCGGUGGUGGUGAUUGUUGUACCUCCAAUCGUUACUGUAACGACAAUCGUGGUGAAGCAGUUGCUGGUGCACCCAGGAGGUGGCGGAAUCGUAGACGUUCCGGCUGUUGGGCCAGUAGUUACUAUGGUGGUUCCUCCUGCAGUUGCCGUCACCACCAUGGUUGUAAUGCAGUUCACUGUGCAUCCAAGGGGCGGAAGAAUCGUCGAUGUACCAGGGGUCGGUCCCAAUGUCGUUGUUGUCGUUGCCCCUACGGCGGCGGUAACGAUGAUUGUAGUAAAACAGUUGGUGGUGCAGCCAGGCGGUGGUUGGAUAGUUGAUGUGCCUGCUGUCGGGCCAGUAGUUACUAUUGUAGUUCCUCCUGCGGUGGCUGUAACGACUAUAGUUGUAAUACAGUUUGUGGUGCAUCCAGGUGGUGGCAGGAUCGUUGACGUUCCAGGAGUUGGCCCCAAUGUCGUUGUCGUUGUUUCUCCCACAGCCGCGGUAACAAUGAUUGUGGUGAAACAGUUGGUUGUGCAUCCAGGAGGUGGUUGGAUGGUUGAUGUGCCUGCCGUCGGACCGGUGGUGGUGAUUGUUGUACCUCCAAUCGUGAGUGUAACGAUUAUGGUGGUGAAGCAAUUCGUUGUGCACCCAGGUGGUGGCGGAAUCGUAGAUGUUCCGGCUGUUGGGCCAGUAGUUACUAUGGUAGUUCCCCCUGCCGUGGCUGUUACCACUAUCGUCGUAAUACAAUUAUUUGUGCAACCCGGAGGUGGCGGGAUCGUUGACGUUCCCGACUUAGUAGUACAACCCGGAGGUGGUUGGAUUGUUGAUGUGCCUGCCGUCGGGCCAGUAGUUACUAUUGUAGUUCCUCCUGCAGUUGCCGUCACCACUAUGGUUGUGAUACAGUUUGCCGUGCAACCAAGUGGCGGAGGAAUCGUCGAUGUACCAGCUGUCGGUCCCAAUGUCGUUGUUGUCGUUGCCCCUACGGCUGCGGUAACGAUUAUUGUGGUGAAGCAAUUGGUUGUGCACCCAGGAGGUGGUUGA